CAGAGCCCAGGAGGCAUCCUUGUGUCCCUGUCUGGUCAAGAUACAUCCAUAUAGGACUGGAAUGGCGUAGUAGGCGGGACUAUUCCCUUCUGCGUGGUCCAGUAAUAGACGUAUGUAUUGAACAUGUCUAUUUUUUUAUACGUUGGCCUAUGGCGUAUAUGACGGUCGCCUGAUCUCACGUUAGAAACUGAUGGAAAUCGCCUGUUAUAGCCACAACAGCAAAAUCGUGAGUCAGGCGGGAACCUUUGUUUUCAGCUGUAGUCAUUGGCAGACCGGGCAUGCUGGGAGUUGUAGUUCUGCUACAGCUGGAGGUGCACAGUUUGGAGAGCCCUCGGCCCCAUCAACAGCUGGUUUUCUAUGGGGUCAAUUACUACAACUCUCAGCAUGUUCUGAGGACCCAGGGUAAUAGGAACAUACAGGAGCCGACAGUAGGACGGGACAGGGAACACGAGGUCCCCGCCAUGUUUACAUGCGGCCUAGUAGAAGUUGUGAGGCCUGUACACGUCGCCAUGGUAACACUGGAGUAGGACGCACAGGAGCCCGGGCCCACGUCAGCACGUUCCCCCGUACGUGCGCGCUUCCGCCGUGCUGUGCUGUUGCUGUGGAGAGGUGCGGGCUCGGCUACCGGUGUUGGCGGCUCCGGGAUGGGGAGAGAGCGCGUCCUCCGUGCGGCCCGGGGGCUGGGGCGGCCCGGGAGGAUGUGAGAUCCUCAGCGUUCUCACCUACAGCUAGAAUGUUCCUUCUGAACGCCCCUCCUCUGGCAGCUUUUCCGACACAAUGGACGCCAUUUGGAUGUAGCACCGCACCCUGUUGUGUCCCCUCCGCAGUGGCUGAUAUCCCGGUAGCUGCAGAUGUUGAGGGCGCUGCAGACAGUCCACAGAGCGAUGCGUCUUCUCUGACCGUGAACCUCGAAUAUGAGCGGAUUAUGCAGAAGAACAGAAAGGGGGAGCUUCAUAUUGAUCGAGGACUGAAACCUGGUCCUGCCCUCUUCAGAGCCCACGCCAGAGAGAAGGCCGCGCUCAUCGUCCCCGCUCACUUCAGAGACAUUAAGGAGGAGGGUUCGGACUUUGAGGCUCUGGCUCUGGACUCAGACAGUGAUGACUCUGUAGACCGAGGCAUUGAGGAAGCCAUCCAGGAAUAUCUAAAGAACAGGGGCAGCGCCGCCCCCUCGUCCUGUGUACCUGCAGCUAAAAGCCCAAACACCUCUGCAGAAAAUGACGGAGACCAGGUGAAAGCCGCUCAGAGCAGCGCCCCCGCUCGGAGGUCUCCCAUCAAGAUGGUGACAUCACCGAAAGUGUGCGAGUCCCUCCCCAUGCAGACCCUGUCCCGAUGCUCGUCACCAGACAGCGUGGGGAGCGACGACUCCUUUGAGUUAAGCAUCAAAGAGGAAAUCGAACAGUUUCUGAUCGAGAAGAAGCUGCAGAACAAUCCGAGCGAGUCCGGUGCCGGUAAGAAACAAGCCAGUCACUCUGCAGCCAAACUGAAACCAAAACCCAUCAAAGCUGUAGAAAAAGCGAGUCCCAAGCAAGGACCAAAGGGGCCGACUGUGAAAACAGCCUCCGAAAGCCUUAAUCUACUUCCUAAAAAUGUCAAGCCUAAAGCAGAAAGCGGUAAAAGUAACUUCCGUCUGAAGCUUGCGCCCAGCCCCACUAAGCCCACCAUCUCCAGGCAGCUGCCCCUUCCUUCUGCUCAGUGUGCCGACCUCUCAGACUCCAGCAGUGAUGAUGGGAUUGAGGAAGCCAUUCAGCUCUACCAACUGGAAAAAAGCAGAUUAGAAGGAAACCUCAGCUCCGCUACCAGGACAUUUCCAGAGAAAGAUGGGAAAAGCACAACGAACGCCACUUCAGAUGUUAUUCCCUGCCAGAUAAAGAACUCUCCUGAACCCCAGAAGAAAACAGACUACAGGAAGAGAAAACUGGCCAGCCUCAAACCUGCAGCUUCUCAAGACUGCACAAGUAAGAGGGCCCUUCAUUCUGCAGAUGAGCCGGGACUAAAAUACCAACCUGAAGUGGCUGCUCUGCGAAGGACCGAAACGGCAACGGAACUGAUGUGUGCAGAGGCCAUACUGGACAUCUCUAAGGCAAUUUUGCCUUCACAACCUGAACGCUCUGUUGCAGUUUUGCAGGAUAAGCCUUCAGCUCGGCCCCCAUCUCCAUGUGCAAGCGACAGCUCCGUGGACAGCAAUGACAGCAUAGAGCAAGAGAUAAGAACAUUUCUGGCCCAGAAGGCUCAAGCAGAGAGUCUCUGCACAACCUCAGCCAAACAGUCACCAAAGGAACAAAGAUCUGAACCCCCCAAACAGCUGCCCCUUCCCAGCACCAAGGCAAUCGGGACUUGUAAAGGAAAAGUAAAUGACAGCAAAGUUGUAGUUAAGGACUCUCCUGGGAAAGCGAUUGAGUCUUUGAAUGUCGAGUGCAGCCCAGUCCAUUCAUCCUUACCCUUUGGUCAACACUUGAAGGGCAAAGCUGUUGAGCCUUGUCCUGAUGACUCUUCUAAUAAGCCUCACUGCCAAGCUGAGAAUGCCAAGCAUCACAUCAUCCAGGCUAUGGAAAGUCUCGAGUCUUCUCCAGGGAUAAGCGGAGGGAGACGAAAAUCCUACAUAAAAGUGAGAAGUAACUACAGCGGAGAUAAGAGCAGCUCCUUGGAUAGCGACGAAGACUUGGACUCUGCUAUAAAGGACCUGCUGAGGUCUAAAAGAAAAUGCAAAAAGAGACCAAAAGAUGGCAGACCACAGUGUAAGAAGAAGGUCCGAUUCGGGGAAACUACAACCCGACCAUUGGAAGCUGCAGGUGGUACGGAGCAGAAGGACUGCUGUCCCAAACUCCUGGUCGUCAAAAGCUGCCUUGUAACCAAUAACCCAAAAGACAUUUCCUUCAAGAAGUCAAAGACGAGCUUGAAAAUAAAAGAAGAAAAAAAGAUCCCGCUGGGAAGUGCAGAGUCAUCUUCUGUUACCAAACCCGUGGAGUCUAAACCCGCUUGUGCCUCAGACAAGUCUGUGAACAUAAGUAGUAGUGCCUUGCCCGAUCCCCAGGACAGCAGCUCGGUGGACAGCGACGAUAGCAUAGAGCAAGAAAUAAGGAAAUUUCUGGCUGAUCGAGCGCGGGAGUCUGCGGAACUGUCUUCUUCACAAAGGACAGCCGCUCAUGCAAUCCUUCCCAUCGCUAUUAAGACUGAGCCUGCCCCGGCCCUCAUAGCUAGUCCUGCACCCAUAAAGAAGGAGCCCGGGGUGUUAUCAAGUUCUGUGACUGAGACUAUUCUCCAAAAAGUCCGUGAGAAAAAUCGCACCGCCGCCACAGUUACACAACCUACCAUCAUACAGCGUGUGUACGGCUAUAAGGACAACUUAUCUUCUGUAGCCAGGUUACAGCGGCCGCCCAUGGGCAUAGCCAAGGCAGCCGCUCCUGUACGCAGCGUCAUCGUCCCGAGAGAGUGCAUCGCCAGGCCGGCCGAGAAGAAGCUCCCCAUGGCUCCUGACAGAGUGGUCGUGAAAACCGGUGUGAACAGUUCUCAAGGGAACAUCCCCAUCUCUGGGAACUUUGUCGCUGGUCUUAAAUACAUUUCAGGAACUGAACAGCAGCUUCUACUAAACGUAGGGAAGACGGGGGCCACCAGGCUGGCCACCGACUUCUACAACCCUGCAGGAACCAUCGCACAGCUGGGGAACUGUCAGGCUAUGCAGAAAAAGACACUAAUCUUAGAACAGCCUAAAGUGGUACAAGCCCCCGCCUUCUCCCUCGGCACCCCCAUGGUUCGCCCCGCACUGUAUGUAGUAACCACCAAAGUGGUGCAAGAGACUUCUGCCUCCUUAUGUCUCCCCAUAAACGCCACUACCUACGACACUGGCCUGAACCUCAUGAGCAUUCAGUACUGUCCCAGUCAGGUAGCCCCCCACCCAUCAGCAUGCACUGCCCCCUUUACCUUUCAGCAAGCUCGAAACAGUGAAACCAUGGUUAUUACCCCCGGCAAGGCAGGAGAGAUCCCCACACUCCUAACCAAAGCAAGAGCGAGGGAGACGACGUCAGGGCUACUAGAUGGAGAAAGCAGGUGCCCUAAUGUAACCCCGAGAGCAGCCGAAAAUAUAGAGCCAGGUGCUAGCAUGGUGCAGAAAGAGAAAGUCCCCAUUAUAGACCCAGGAUGGUCGGUGCCGCUCUACAUAUCCUUGAGCCCUGAGGGUAUCUGUAAACGCCAGCACCUGCGCAGAAGAGCCGAGCAAGUCAUAGCGCAGAUGCUGAAAGCAAGAACCCCCUACACCCGUGUGAGACCCUGAUUGUGUCAUGUCUGCACCAUAGAGAUCACUUCAGACGGUGAAUGGUUGUUGUGUCACUGCAGCGUUCUCCUCAGAUCCCCGGCGUUCUUCACGGUUAAUCUCCCGGUCCCCGGCGUUCUUCACGAUUAAUCUCCCGGUCCCCGGCGUUCUUCGCGGUUAAUCUUCCGGUCCCCGGCGUUCUUCACGGUUAAUCUUCCGGUCCCCGGCGUUCUUCACGGUUAAUCUCCCGGUCCCCGGCAUUCUUCACGGUUAAUCUCCCGGUCCCCGGUGUUCUUCACGGUUAAUCUCCCGGUCCACGGCGUUCUUCACGGUUAAUCUUCCGGUCCCCGGCGUUCUUCACGGUUAAUCUUCCGGUCCCCGGCGUUCUUCACGGUUAAUCUUCCGGUCCACGGCGUUCUCCACGGUUAAUCUUCCGGUCCCCGGCGUUCUUCACGGUUAAUCUUCCGGUCCCCGGCAUUCUUCACGGUUAAUCUUCUGGUCCCCGGCAUUCUUCACGGUUAAUCUUCCGGUCCCCGGCAUUCUUCACGGUUAAUCUUCCGGUCCCCGGCAUUCUUCACGGUUAAUCUUCCAGUCGCUGGUGGUCGUGACUCUAGUUUCCUCCAGAAGAUCAUGCAGCAGUUGUUGUUUCCGGGCCUGGUAUGUGGACGCUCCUCAGGACUUGAGGAAUCUUAAAUCUAUGUUACAUGAACACAAACCCCGCGAUGGGCGACAGUAAAGUGACGUCUGCUGAAAAUCUUAUCAACAAUCUUGGAUCUUUUAGGCCGCGGUCGACUGGAAGCGUAUGACGUCAUGGCGACCGACCCUACAGGUUACCCGAUCAAUGUGCCCCCAGUUGUUGUAGUUAUGCAGGAGCCUCACUGCUGGUGUAAGGUUCCCUCCAGGACAGCAGCGCCCUCCUCAGGUGGAGUUAUUAAUGGUUACGUGUCAAUGAAGUAAUUGAAAUAGAUUUUAAAGGGGUCCCCCGCCUCCUAAAACGUAGCAUCUAUUCUCAGGAGUGUCUCCGGCGCUCCCAUAGAUAACGCAUGGAGCAUGUGCCUACCCAGUGUUCCCCAACAAGGGUGCCUCUAGCUGUUGCAGAACUACAACUCCCAGCAUGCUGGGAGUUGUAGUUUUGCAACACCUGGAGGCACCCUGGUUGGGAAACACUGGCCUACCCCAUUGCCUUAUGAAGCAGGAGGACCCGGGGGCUUCUGACUUCUCACUAUACUUUGUUUUAUACAGUAAGGAUGGGCCGGGGCCCCGGGUCCUGACCACGUGUGGCCCUAAGCUCCCAGAGUGUGACAUGUCGGUGAAGGGGACGGCUCUUCUGACCAUUUAUCUCCAUGGACUGUGGCCGUACAUAAAGAUUUGGGCCCCCACAUGUCAUAGCCGGGGGCCAUAGAUGCUCCACUAGACAAGUGACACGUAAUGUGGGGGCGACACCACAGUAUCUGGGGGCGACGUUGAGACUCAUGUUCCGGUUCAGAGUGAAACAUUUGUAAGGUCUUUGUGUUAUAUAAGAAAAGUUCUCAAUAAAGUUUUAUCCGGU